AACGGCUCUCCUUUCUUCUCACAAUCCGUAAUCAUCGCUCCCCACUCAUUCAUUAUAAACAAAAACAAAAAUCCACGGAGCCGAUAAAAAAAAAAAAAAACUCUCUCAGAUCUGAGAAUCAUUUCUUCUUCUUCUUCCUCACUUUGUUCAUCAUCUUCUUCUCCGAUCUAAACAACAAUGGCGACACCAGGAGCUUCCUCAGCAAGAGAUGAAUUCGUAUACAUGGCGAAACUCGCCGAACAAGCAGAGCGUUACGAAGAAAUGGUUGAAUUCAUGGAGAAAGUCGCGAAAGCUGUUGACAAAGACGAACUCACCGUCGAAGAACGUAAUCUCCUCUCCGUCGCUUACAAAAACGUCAUCGGAGCUCGUCGUGCUUCGUGGAGAAUCAUUUCAUCGAUCGAACAAAAGGAGGAGUCUCGCGGUAACGAUGACCACGUUUCGUUGAUCCGUGACUACAGAAGCAAAAUCGAAACGGAACUUUCUGAUAUCUGUGACGGAAUCCUUAAGCUUCUCGAUACGAUUCUCGUUCCCGCUGCUGCUUCUGGAGAUUCGAAGGUGUUUUAUCUGAAGAUGAAAGGUGAUUAUCAUAGGUACUUGGCUGAGUUCAAAUCUGGUCAAGAGAGGAAAGAUGCUGCUGAACAUACUCUUACUGCUUACAAAGCUGCUCAGGAUAUUGCUAAUUCUGAAUUGGCUCCAACGCAUCCGAUUCGUCUUGGUCUUGCGUUGAACUUCUCUGUGUUUUACUAUGAGAUUCUCAAUUCUCCAGAUCGUGCUUGUAAUCUCGCUAAGCAGGCGUUUGAUGAAGCAAUUGCUGAAUUGGAUACUCUUGGUGAAGAGUCAUACAAGGACAGUACUUUGAUUAUGCAGCUUCUUCGUGAUAACCUCACUCUCUGGACUUCUGAUAUGCAGAUUUGGAUAUCAAGUUUAUUUGAUGCAUUCUUCUGGUCUAAUUCUGAUUUUGGUGAUUGUCAACUGUUUUACAUUUUGAUACAUUCCUCAAUCCUUCUUUCUUGUGGUCUGAUUCUGAUUAUGAUGAUCUUGUCAAAUGUUUUUUUCAAUCAGGACGAUGUUGCUGAUGACAUCAAAGAAGCAGCACCAGCAGCAGCAAAACCCGCUGACGAGCAACAAUCCUAAGUCGUCUUACCGCAACUUUGUUGUCAUUUCAGUAUCUAAAACCUCUCCAUUAAUAUGUUUUUCUCUUGGAGGUGUUUCUCUGUUGGUUUCUUAUUUCCUUUUAUCCCCAAGCUCUCUAAGGCAGUCUAAUUCUUGUCCUUUUUUGCUGCUUUUCUCAACCGUGGAUACGAAAACUCGAUUCCUAUUAUUUUUCGUUUAUCUGUUUCCAUUUUAUCGUGAUUUGACUCCUAUCUUCUGUGUCUUUGUUUGUAAUGGAUUCAACUUCUCUUUUUGUUUCAAUGUCAAGAAAAAUCUUUGGUUUAUUUCGAAGUUUCCUCUCAUGUU